CCCUGUUCCACCUGGACUCCUCCUCCAUGUUUGUUAAGCAUCACCUGACAGUGAAACGUGAAACUACUUUCUGCUGAUUUUUACCACUUCGUACCAACAACACAAGGAACGGAGAGAAAGAGAUGAAGAGAGAGGGAUGGGUUGAAAGAAGGACAAGAAGAUAUUAGAGUGAAACCACCACCCGUGGCUGUCUCCAAACUUUCUGUCUGGACACAAAGCCUGGACUCGGGACAGAGGACGUUUACUUCACCGUUUAUCCGUCAGUCUCUCUGUGCUGAAUGUCUCAGGCAGGUGAACAUGCAACAGCCAGUGCUCGUUCCAGCCUUUUACUCAGGAGGUCACUGCUUUGGAAAAGUGUUGACUGUGACAGAGGAGAAGCCGUAGAAACCUGGAGUCUGGGACAGUGAUUGGUUAGCUGCCUCUGUCUGUAAUGCAGCUCAGAAGAGAGAAGCCUGGACGAGGUGCUGUGCAGUGAGUCAAACCAUCAGAGCCUCAUCAGUCCAAAAGAAGAAAAACCUUCACAAACUGCAAACACCACCUUCUCUUCUGCAUGUUCGGGAAAAGUCAGCUGUGAUGUUAGAAGGAACCCUCAGCACUGCAGGAACUUUCCCACAAACACAGGAAACUUUCUGGGGAUUAAUGAACUGUCCCUGCCUGUGGACCUCAGGAACCUGGGGCUCAACAGCACAACAAUUAUCGAUCACAACUCGGCUCUUUUAAUACUUUCAUUUCUAUAAUAUUUAUAUACAGCUGCAAUCCAAAUUGUUCAAACCCCCCACAGCAAAUUAGGUUUCAGAAAUCCAAGCAGGAGCAGCAGGCAGCCUCUGCUAUUGGCUGAGCCUGUGUGGGGGCGGGUCUUGUCCUGGUGGGGGUGGCGCUGCUGCAGACCGCCUCAUUCUUCAGAGGGAGCUGAGCAGAGAGAGCUGAGUGUGUGUUCACCUCGCAGCAGACCCGGACCUGUUCACGAUCCGACGGCAGAGCGACGGAGACGGGACCUUUGAGAACCGCAGACCGGAUCUGACGGCGGCACCGGCCUCGCUCCUCUCAGCCCGGCUGGGUGCACCGUGCUGCGGCGGAACUCUGCCGGUGUCAGCCUCUUCCCUGGAGCUGUGCAGCCUCUCACGGUGUCUCUGCUCCACCACCUGGCGUCCCCUGCCCCGUCCGCUCCGCGCGCGCGGCUGUGUGCGCAUGAGCGCGUGAAGGCACAUUUGUAGCAGUGUUUACAGCUGUUAAUGUGAGUGCGCGCACACGCACACGCGCACACACACGGACUGGCUGUGGAGUCUGGGUUUUGAACACUGCCGCCUCCUCCUGCAGAUGUUUCCCUGGGUCCGGGUGGAUUUUUGAACCGUUUUCCGAGCCGCUGGAUUAGGACGCGGAGACAUUCACCGCUCCGGAGGACCGUCAGAGCUGCAGACACGACUGGAUUUUCUCCUGGAGGUUCCUGUGGACUGCGACUGAGGAGCUGCUCCGUCACUUCCCUUCACUUUUCCCACACUUGGAUUUCCGUGAAUCUGAUGAAAGGAUGCUGCAGGGACCUGACGAGGGACUGAGCCCUACCUGAGCCCCCUCCCCCCCCCCUCUCCCCCGACCCCCCCCCUCCCAGAGCCCUCAGCGCCGCCGUCCCACCAUGAACCUGCUGUGUCGUGGACGCCUGAAGCUGCUGGUGGCGUCUCUGACGGCCAUCGUCCUGCUCACCUGGCUCUACCUGCUUGCUGGAAACAUGGAGAAUGGACGCUCCCUGCUCCUGGCUCCCUGUCUGGCCGACACCCCGGCGGCCCAGGUCCUGGAGCGAGCCGUCCUGGAGUCGCGGGUUCGAGAGGUGGAGGAAGAGAACCGCCAGAUCCGGCUGCAGCUUAGCCAAUCGCAGGGCGCCGCUGCCGCCGCCCAGCAGUCGGACGGUAACUAUGGCAACCAGCAGUGGGGAGCAUCCGCGGACACGGGACCAGAGGACGGGGACAACACGGCGGAGGAGAAGAGCAACCACACAGAGUGUCCCCGAUCGCCCACCGUCCAGAAGUGUGAGCUCAUCCAUGUAGCGUGUGUUUGUGCCGGUCACAACGCCAGCAGAGACGUGGUCACGCUGGUCAAGUCCGUCCUCUUUCACAGGAGAAAUCCUCUUCACUUUCAUUUCAUCACCGACACAGUAGCCAAUCGGAUCCUGAGUUCUCUGUUCCAGUCCUGGAUGGUCCCGUCUGUGCAAGUCAGCUUCUACGAUGCAGAUGAACUCAAGUCCGAGGUGUCGUGGAUUCCCAACAAGCACUACUCAGGUAUUUACGGCUUGAUGAAGCUGACGCUAACCAAAGCUUUGCCCUCCGACCUGUCGAAGGUCAUCGUCCUGGACACGGACAUCACCUUCGCCACUGACAUCGCUGAGCUCUGGGGCAUUUUCAGGAAGUUUACAGAUAAGCAGGUGAUUGGUCUGGUGGAGAACCAGAGUGACUGGUACCUGGGGAACCUGUGGAAAAACCAUAAGCCCUGGCCUGCACUGGGACGAGGCUUCAACACAGGCGUCAUUCUUCUCUACUUGGAGCGACUGCGGCGAAUCGGCUGGGAGCAGAUGUGGCGACUGACAGCAGAGAGGGAGCUAAUGAGCAUGCUCAGUACGUCGCUCGCUGAUCAGGACAUCUUCAACGCCUUCAUAAAGCAGAACCCGGUCCUGGUGCACCAGCUGCCCUGCUUCUGGAACGUCCAGCUGUCUGACCACACCCGCUCCGAGCAGUGCUACACCGAGGUGUCCGACCUCAAGGUGAUUCACUGGAACUCUCCGAAGAAGCUCCGCGUGAAGAACAAACACGUGGAGUUCUUCCGGAACCUUUACCUGACCUUCCUGGAGUACGAUGGGAACCUGCUGAGGCGGGAGCUGUUUGGGUGCCCGAGUCAGGCGAGUCCAGACAGCGUCCAGCUGCAGACGGCUCUGGAGGAGCUGGACGAGGACGAUCAGUGUUACGACUUCCGCCGGGAGCGACUCACCGUUCACCGCGUGCACCUCUACUUCCUGCAGUACGAGUACACGCCCACGGAGGACGACACUGACAUCACACUGGUGGCCCAGCUGUCCAUGGACAGGCUGCAGAUGCUGGAGGCCAUCUGUAAGCACUGGGAAGGCCCCAUCAGCCUGGCGCUCUACAUGUCUGACGCCGAGGCUCAGCAGUUCCUGCGCUACGCUCAGGCCUCCGAGGUCCUCAAGAACCGCAAGAAUGUCGGCUAUCACAUCGUCUACAAGGAGGGCCAGUUCUACCCGGUCAACCUGGUGAGGAACGUGGCGCUGAAGAACGCCAACACCCCAUACGUGUUCCUGACUGAUGUGGACUUCCUGCCAAUGUACGGCCUCUAUGAUUACCUUAGAAAGUCUGUGGUGCACCUGGACAUGGCUCACACCAAGAAGGCUCUGGUGGUUCCAGCUUUCGAGACUCUUCGUUACCGUCUGUCCUUCCCCAAAUCCAAAGCAGAGCUGCUCUCCAUGCUGGACAUGGGGACUCUCUACACCUUCAGGUAUCAUGUGUGGCCCAAAGGUCACGCUCCUACCAACUAUGCCAAAUGGCGAACAGCCACCACCCCGUACAAGGUGGAGUGGGAGCCGGACUUUGAACCGUACGUCGUGGUGAGACGAGACUGUCCAGAGUACGACCAGCGCUUCGUGGGCUUUGGCUGGAACAAGGUGUCACAUAUCAUGGAGCUGGAUGCACAGGAGUACGACCUGAUGGUCCUCCCCAACGCUUUCAUGAUCCACAUGCCCCAUGCUCCCAGCUUUGACAUCUCCAAGUUUCGCUCCAGCUCCAGCUACCGCAACUGUCUGAACACCCUGAAGGACGAGUUCCACCAGGACCUGUCCAGGAAGUACGGCUCAGCUGCUCUCAAGUACCUCACCGCCCAGAGGAACAUCUAAGAACCAGGACUGCCGAGAGCACUGGACCGAUGAGCUCCAGGGGCUCAGACACGUACUGACGCCGCUGCGCCGCAGGCCACGUCGACGCCGAGAGCGAAUAUGACGGUAAAGCUUUACAGCCCUUUCAAACAUUCUCGGCCCCUGUGCAUUAAUUCUCCAGUCGACUCCACCGCAGGGUGACAGAGGAAGAGACGCAGAGACGAAAACACGAACAGGACAGAGUGAUGGUGGAAAUUCACUGGGCUGGCAGGACAAUGCAGAGCAGAGCGCGGACACUGAUCGGACGAGCUUUAUGGCCAGAAAAUAACCAUGUUCUUACAAUUUGUGACAAUCAGGGCUUUUUCCAGAACACAUGAACCUCUCUGUCCACCUGGACAUCUGAUCUGGACACUGCACGACGAGACGUGUGUCAUUUUGGGGAAAAACAUGAAAGAAGACGAUUACAGCGUGAGGCCAGUCGAACUGGGGAAAGAUUUAAGCCUUAUCACUUUCCAAGAUAUUUAAUGAUUUUCAUUUUCAGAAUUUUCUUUUUUUCCAGUGUAAAUCAAAACCAAUGAAUAACAAACAUUUACAAUGUUUUGAUUAUGACUUUACAUAAGAAUCCAUUUAUUUUUCCUUUGUUUUCUGACCUCUGACACCUGAACAUCCAUCACGUCCCAGUCAAAUUAUUUCAGAGUGUGAGCUUCAGGGAUGUGCUGCGUGCGUGCGUGCGUGUGCUGUGUGUGUGUGUAUGAUCCAACAUGUCGUCAGAAUGCUUACUGCUUAUGGUUGAAGUCAUUCUCGCUUUCAUCCUGAUCUUAUAUUUGCUUGCAUGUCAACAGCUGUGCCACAUGUUCAUUAGAAAAUAGACAUUAUUCUGUUUUUUCGUCAAACAUCUUUAAAUGAUAACAGAUCGAUCAUUACUGAUUGGGACCAACUCACGUGACCAACGCUGACAUCUUACAGUGAGUUGUUAAUAAAGCUGUUAGCUUUGAAAUGAGAUCGCUACGAAGGGCAGGAGCUCUUAGUUUCUUGUAUUUUGUGCCAUUAGAUUAUAACGCGUCUGAUUCACUGGAUAUAUGUGCCAUCUACUGCACCUCUCUGCCCACAGCCCCAUCUCUUCAUGAAGUCCAACUAAAAUUACAAAACUCUCACCUUUCUGCAUGAAUUCAGUCAGAUCUGGUGCUGAUCGGGUCCCGUUCUCCUGCUGUGGAUCCAAGUGGACUCUCGCUUUGAUCGGGUACUAAAAACAAAACGAUAUUUUAAGUUUCCAAUCUGGACCUGUGAGAACAGCUGCUGAUUGACAGCUAUGCCAGCAGGAGGAUGGCUAAACAACAUGAACAUUUUGUUCAUUAACUGCAACUCACAAGCCAAGGAUAGACAGCGUCAUGGUAUCAAAGAACAGUUUUCAACAGGAUGUAAACAAAUGUUUGGAUUUGCAGCCUGUUUUUCCCACAGUUAACUCACUGAUUAGCUCGACAAAAUAAUCUGACACCUCACAACAACAGGUCAUAUCACAUCAAACAAAACAAAAAAAAUCUAACAACCGGAGGCCAUACAGCUGCACACCCACAACAACCAAAGUCCAUUUACUGAUGAAGACCAUGAGAUGUGGCUGAAAGCUCUAGAAAUAAACUACGACCCUUAUUUUGUGCAACUGGUGUUUGCAGGGUCGAGGAUAAACUGUCCUGCUCAGAUCUCUCCUCUAUACAAAGUAGAUAUUAGAGAGGAAGCUAACGUUAGCUGCAGCUCACACUCUGUUUUCUGACUAUUCAUCAGUGACAGUUACUGUUUUAUGCAAAUACAGUCUUGAUUGAUUAUAUGCAAAGACGUUAUGGCUCUACAGUAUGUACGUGUGUGUGUGUGUGCCACAGAGUAGUUUAUGCUCAGAGGUGCUGCCACUAAACCACAAGUGUAAAAGGAAAUAAUUUCUUCUCUUUGGACACAGUUUUUUUUUCUGACAAAAAAAGGACCUGAAAUUCACAGAGCAGAUCUCUUUAAUGUAGCAAAGGGAAAAUAUGUCAUUUCGUUUCAGUUGGACUUUAAUCUUCCAAAUUUCAUUGUUUUAAUUUUGUUUUUUAACUCUUUUUGGAGGAUGGCAGUGUUGUUUGUUUGGUCUGUCCAACAUUUCCAACCAGCACCAGAUUAUUUGAACUGUUGACCCUGUUGCCAUGACAUUUAGAUCAUCAUGGUCCCCUGAGGAUGAUUCCUAAUGAUUCAAACCACUGUCAGAUCAAACUUCGAUCGACUACAAUUGAACAACUCUUUGCUCCCUGACAGUUUUCUGAACAUCAACUGGCCAGAUUCACUCAUCUUUCAGUAUAUUUAGGCCCCCCACCCCAUCCCCACCAUCCACGCCACUUCCAUUGACUUGAUGUUGAUUGUGGUAAAUGCUAGUGCCUUUGCUGUAUUGUGAAACUGGAUAUUGAUUGUACUGUUGUACUGACAGGGCCUGUGGAUAGUCAGGCGUUCUAUUUAUUAUUGUUGACUCAAAUCAAUCAUAUUUUUCUAUGUAAGUGCUUUAAAUAAAUUUGCCCUUUUUUAAUCACUUUGUUGGGGUAUUUUGUUUGUCUACACUGACUCAGAAAAUGUGCAGCUUCCUCAGCAAAUACAAACUUUCCUUUAAUUACCACAGUGUUUCCCCUGAAUUGAAGUUAUUUAGGGAUUACUGAGACCUUGGGGAUUUUUUUUUUAUUCUUACCC